AUGGACAUCUCAAAAUGGACCACUGGCCUGAGCUGGGUCGGCCUCGCCGCUCUUUCCUAUCUGGGGUUCAAUAUCACCCGUCAAGCAACCGUCUACCUCCUCCCUUGCAGAUUAUCACGAUACAACCGCAGCGGUGCGAACUGGGCUCUGGUCACGGGCGCCACAGACGGAAUCGGAUUCGGCUUCUGUGAGGAGCUCUGCGCGCGCGGAUUCAACGUGAUCUUACACGGACGCAACCGUGAGAAGCUCGAGAGGCGCAUGCGAGAUACAAGACAGGGAUUGUCGUCCUUGAUGUUGUGGGCGCGAGCGAAGCCGGUUGACGGUGUUGCACAGCAGGCCCGUGGCAUUAUUGGCGCCCAGGGCAAGUUGACUGUGCUGGUCAACAAUGUUGGUGGAGAGAUGAGGUCGCCUACGACCCUAGAUGCAUACACGUAUGCAGAGGUGGAUGCGACGAUCGACAGAAAUGCGAGGUUCAUGACGCAUAUCACACGGGCGCUACUGCCGCUUUUGUCGGAGGGACCGGGCAGGUCUGGACUCGUGCUGAAUGUCUCGGCUAUUUCCCAGUACGGGAUGCCGUAUAUUAGUGUUUAUUCUGCGACGAAGGGGUUCGUGGACUCGUUUACGCGCGCGCUGGAGGCAGAAUGCAACGCCGAGCAGCGCGGCGUGGAUGUAAUUGGUCUGCGGGCGAGACAAGUGAAGACAGCCAGAUUUGAUGUUGAGACUAACCUAUUCGUGCCGCUUGCGCGCCCAUUUGCAAAAGCAGGUUUGGACCGGGUUGGAUGCGGAAAGGUCAUCGUGUGGGCAUAUUUCUGGCAUUGGGUGCAGGGGAUUUCUUUCGACAUCCUGCCGCGGUGGAUGUUGAUGCACAUCACUUCGAAGAAGCUGAUGGCCCUGAAAAAGAAAGAGGAGAAGGCGUUCAAGAGCCAGUGA